AUGCUGGAGACCAAGGCAGGCCUGGCGAACAGGGACCAAAGGGACCCCGAGGAGGACAAGGAGAUCCGGGUGAAGAUGGACCUUCAGGACUUUCUGGUCCUCCAGGACAAAAUGGCCCACCUGGAGAUCCAGGGGCUCAAGGAGAGCCGGGUUUCCCAGGGUUUGAUGGAGACAGCGGUCCACGUGGACCUCUUGGCAGAGACGGGCCGAAAGGUUCACAGGGUUCAGAUGGGCUGCGAGGAGAAGGAGGACGGAAGGGCCCACCCGGUUCUAUCGGACUUUCCGGACCAGACGGCAGUGUUGGACCUCGUGGAAACCGUGGAGACUCCGGACAAAAGGGUCCCCAAGGCCCCCCUGGUCCACCAGGUGCACCAGGAUCUGAAGGUCCAAGCGGUUCUGCCGGAUCACAUGGGAGCAAGGGGCAGAAAGGAGCAGCUGGGACUUGUUGGUGAUAAGGGUAUUUUAGGUGCACAAGGAUUCAAGGGACCAGUGGGUAUGUCUGGAGAGCCAGGUCCCCCUGGACCACUCGGAGCGGUCGGUAACAGAGGACCAGAAGGGGACCUGGGACCUCGUGGUCUCAGUGGUGGUAGUGGACCUCCGGGACGAAAGGGUCCCAAGGGAGGAAAUGGAGAGGGAGGCGAUAGGGGGGUCGGUGGAAACUCUGGUCUUCCUGGACCUCCUGGAGAGCCCAGCUCGCCUUCGUUCCCGAUUCCUCCGGCUAGUAAUGGGAGUCGUUUUUACAGGGGACUUGCUGAUGAAGGCGAAGAUGUCAAUCUCGAGUCUCUGACUAAAGUGAUUGAAGUUCAUAUGAAACUACUGAAUCUGAAGAGUCCACUUGGAAGUAAAGAAAGCCCAGCUAGAAGUUGUUUGGAUCUCCUUUUGGAUGAUCCUGAAAUAUCAAACGGUCUCUACUGGAUCGAUCCCAAUGGUGGAUGUAGGAGUGAUGCCGUAGCCGUGCACUGCAACUUCACAGGGGAGGCUGUAAAAACGUGUCUUCUACCUGAGCAGGACACUGCAGACGGUAGACACUGGACCGAAGAAUCGAUUUGGUUCAGUGACCUCUCUGGAGGAUUCAAACUUUCGUAUGGUAUACCCAAGAGCCAAGUGCAGUCGCUGAGAACUGGUUCUCGUCACGCAUCGCAGAGCUUCAAGUACAUAUGUCACAACUCAGUAGACUCUCUUGUAUUCCGUGCAAGCAAUGGAAAAGAAAUCAGUGCUACUAAGACCCUCUACAAUGGAUGUCAGUACGCCUUGAGCUGCAGCGACCUAGCUGUAGGCAUGGCUAGACUUGCAAUAUCGGUGCUGUUCCUCGCGCUGCUAGUGCUCGAGACAUCUGCACAAUCCGGGGACACGCUGAUCGACGAUGCAGACUAUGAGUCCCUGUACGACUUUACCGGCGACCGGACUAUUGGUUGGUAUGAGCCAGAAAUCCAGCACGAUGCAAACUGGACGAAAGAAAUCUGCACACGAUACCGGCAAGGGUCAAUUGACUUCUUUUAUGAAGCCGUGUAUCCGUUUCAUCCAACACGGUUUCCUGAAUUUGACGACUAUAAUCUGCAUGCUGUGCGGUCUGAAUUGAACGAAUAUUAUCCAAGACUAUCUGGAGAUCAAAUAUGCAGAGGAAACCAUUUUGCGUCAAAUUUCUCCAUUCUGUUCAAGUUCAAAGCAGAAGAGAGGCUGCGGUUCACCCUCCUGAACAUCUCCGAUGGAAGUGGCUAUGAAUUUUCAGUUGUGAUCGACAUGAUUCAAAACAGUGUCACCUUGGCAUUCAGUGACUGCAGGACAUUGCAAUUGAUAAUUCCGCUAGGUGAUAACAACCCACUAGAAACAGGAGUAUGGCACCGACUUGCUAUAGCAGUCGAUCAAAGCUUCAUUGUCGUAUACUUGGACUGCAACCAAGUCCACACACACCUAUUUGUGUCGGGAUGCACAGUAGUAUGCGAUGAAACUGUGGAGAUUGGCAUGCUGGAGUCUGAAUUCACCGGGACGCUGACGGUCUCAGAGUUUGUAUACUUCCCAGAUAGCGAUGCUGAAGAAUUGUCACAAACGGGUGCCGCCAUAUUUUGCACCGAUUUGGACAGAGCAGUCUGUGGCAUCACUGUGGAGACACCUACUGCGGACAAACCGGAACCAGAGAUAGACAUCAAUUCCGAAAGACAAGCCAACGAUACAACAUCGCCUAUUGUAACAGUAAACCCUUUUGCCGACAUCAUUGCAGAGCUUGGGAAUAAUAUUGUCAUACGCGGUGAUGAGGGAGAACCAGGAAACGCGGGAUAUGGAUUUCGUGGAUUAGGUGACUACGGUCUUCCAGGCCAGCCAGGAUACGACGGACGACCAGGAGAUCAUGGUAUACCGGGAGUGUCUGGAGCUAUUGGUCUUCCUGGUAUCCCCGGCCCACCGGGAGCAACACUCUAUUCUCAGUUGGCCAGCCUGGAGACCCAGGUCCAAUUGGAACGGAGGGAAACAUGGGACAAUACGGGCCUCAAGGGUAUGUGGGAUCUCCAGGCACACCAGGAAACGAUGGACCACCUGGACCCCGUGGACCUCCAGGUACCAAUGGAUUCCCAGGCCCCGAUGGAAGAAGAGUUAGAAAUACCUCUACUUUGCAUACCCCAGCCCCUCAUUAUUUGCUUCCUCUUUUGUAGGGAUGGGUUGGACCAAAAGGAUAUGCUGGAAAAGUGGGAUCAAGAGGAGACAGGGGCAAUCCUGGUGACUUGGGGAGAACUGGACCACUUGGACUCAUUGGACAUCCUGGCCGAGAAGGACAUGCUGGAGAUGUUGGUGAAGACGGAACACCUGGUGCUAUUGGAUCGCCAGGACCUAUUGGACUCACAGGACAGCCAGGUGGCCAGGGACCACCUGGCCCAGUUGGAGCACCAGGACCGCUUGGAAACCAGGGAAAUUCGGGUACUGCUGGACGAAACGGGGAGAGUGGCCCACAAGGAUCACCAGGAGAGGAUGGCUUUGUUGGAUUUGCGGGUGUCCCAGGGCCACAAGGAGAGCCAGGUAGCCGUGGGCCACACGGAUAUCCUGGAAAACGGGGAAUACCAGGUGACAGUGGUCUGCCUGGAGUAUUCGGGCUCAAGGGAGAGCGAGGAACCAGAGGUCUCCAAGGAACCAAUGGUAUCCCUGGAAGAGACGGUUAUGAUGGAAUCAAAGGCAGACAGGCCGGGAUUUGACGGUUCUGCUGGUUCUCCUGGUGUUGACGGUGACCCGGGCAUUCCUGGAGAGAAUGGAAGUCCUGGAGGCAGGGGUCCUCAAGGAAGAGCUGGAGAGGUUGGCACAAUUGGAUCACCUGGAGAGACAGGAGAGAGGGGUCCUCAAGGUCUUUCUGGCUUUGACGGACUGCCUGGUGAUGUUGGACAGCCUGGAAAUUUGGGACCUCCUGGAUCACCUGUGGGGCUUGCAAGGCUCUCCUGGAAAUUCAGGAUCUCAGGGUGCAAGAGGAUCGACUGUAAACACUAUACAUACUUUUUCAGGGAAAUGAACAUUCUGAUGGUGUAUUGGAUACCCGUACAGGGAGCAACUGGAAUUCCAGGAAACAGAGGAUUUGCUGGACCUCGUGGAUCAAGAGGAGAAGGUGGAGAAAACGGACUGAGAGGAGAGGACGGCGCUCCUGGGAAGUUUGGUGAUCCAGGUACACCUGGUGAACCUGGUAAAUCCGGAAAGGACGGUGCAACUGGGGCACCAGGAAAUCCAGGGCUGUCAGGAGCUGCAGGCCAAGAUGGAGUCCGGGGAGACAGAGGACAAGCUGGAUACCCCGGUGACCAAGUUAGGGAAUCUAUACUUUGCCAUAAUGGUGGGGCUACGGCGAUAAUGAUACGUAGGGCUCAAGAGGAGAGACUGGCAACCCAGGAGCAUCAGGUUCACCUGGACAAGACGGAACUGGUGGAGAACCAGGAACCGUCGGACCAGUUGGACCCCAGGGACAACAUGGAACACCGGGACAAGAUGGCAUUAACGGAGCCGAUGGGGAAAGAGGUCCAACGGGUGCAAAGGGUGAAGCUGGGGAUAAAGGUGUGGACGGUGGUGACGGACAAAGAGGUUCAAGAGGUGAUACGGGUGUAUCUGGAGCAACGGGAGCCUUGGGUCGUGCAGGACCUCCAGGAAGACGAGGCGAACCUGGUUCCAUUGGAAACACCGGAUCCAAGGGUAAUGAUGGACCUUCAGGAGAUAUCGGAGCACGUGGCCCUAAUGGAAACACUGGUGAGCGAGGUGCCAGUGGGGAAUCGGGGUCAAAGGGCGAGAAGGGAGACCAGGGAGGGCAAGGGGGACCAAGGACCAGAGGGAAGAGAUGGACAGCCUGGAACACCGGGUCCAACUGGUAUCAUUGGUGACAGAGGAGAGAGGGGCGACAGAGGAACAAGGGGUGAACCUGGUGAGCCCGGGGACAGGGGGCCAACAGGGGAGCCUGGUCCAACCGUAAGGAGCUGUAGUGCAUACAUCUGCAAAGAAACUUUUACACUUGAACACAGGGAGCUGUUGGUUUGUGGGGAAGCAGGGGUGAUCCUGGUCCUUCUGGACAGAGGGGUAUCAAAGGACCUGCUGGACAACCUGGUCCACGAGGAUCGCCUGGCCUUGCUGUGGGGACCACCUGGUACAACUGGUCAGACUGGUGUAGCUGGCAGAGAAGGUCCAAAGGGCUUCAGAGGUCGCCCCGGUACCCCUGGCGCUGCUGGAGAGGCUGGAGGCCAAGGUCCCCCGGGAGAUUUGGGCCCCAGAGGAACUCAGGGACCUUUGGGAGAGACGGGAUUUGCUGGUGCUCAAGGUGAUCCUGGUAACUCUGGUGUUCCGGGAGAAGUGGGUGAGUUUGGCGAGCCAGGAGCCCAAGGCCCAUCUGGAGACCCUGGUUCGAAGGGUGCUCCUGGUACAACCGGAGAGCCUGGCGAGAAGGGACUUUUAGGAGAAGCUGGCCGGGAAGGACCACCAGGAGUUAAAGGCGACAAGGGACUUAUUGGAUUACAGGGUCGCGAUGGUCGUCCUGGUGACACUGGGCCUGCUGGCCCACGUGGACCUCAAGGACAACCUGGACCACCUGGAGAGAAUGGACCUACGGGCGACGGCGGAAAGGACGGAGUGCCUGGACCAAGAGGCGACGCUGGACCACCUGCUCUAGCUGCAACCAGCAAAAAGAGCAGCUUCUACAUCUCUGGAAGUGACACCUUCAUCCAGUCUAUGCUUUCCAUGAUAGUACAGCUUGACAACAUGACGCGCUAUGCCGAGCUACUGACAAUGCCAAAUGGGACUCGGUCAUUCCCGGCAAGGUCCUGUUGUGACCUUAAGGAACAAUAUCCUGACAUCCCCAGCGGGACGUAUUGGAUUGAUCCAAACGGAGGGUGCUCUGCUGAUGCAUUCCAAGUUGACUGUGACUACGAGGACAACGGCUGUGCCACUUGCAUCGAUGCAAAGACAUGGAGCGAGUCGCUUCAGUCACCUGAUAUUGCAGAAAGAGUGUACCAAUCCAUCAGCAAUGUAUUUGCCAAAAAGGUUGCUUACAGCAUCAGCAAAGUUCAGCUGAAAAUGCUACAAAUCACCAGUCGACGUGCCGAGCAAGCUGUCACCGUGCACUGCCAGAACUUGGCCUUCAGCGACACGGAGUUGAAGUUCCACACCAUGAAGCCUGGUUCUUCCGUUAAGCCCAGCACUAACAGCGGUGGUUGCUCGGUGCGUUAAACAGCUCUAUUCAUCACUCCAUAGGAGGCAUUCUGAGUGGAAAUAUUUCCCUAUCCAUUUACAUACAGGAGGCAUCUUCAGCUGGUGCCAGCAGUAACUUCAAGUUCAGCACGCGGAGACCACGACAGCUCCCAGUCACCGACAUUAGCUUAUGGCUGGGCUCAGGCAGUAACGAAGCUAUGGCUGUAGAAUUCGGACCCGUCUGCUUCUCACGCUAAUCUAUAGCUAGUCAUUGUUUGGAGUAUGUGUAUAUUUGUACACAGAUCUAUAAUGUAAGUGGUAACUUGACUCAUGAUAGGCAGUUACUAUUGAUAGGCAUGCUUGAACAGAACAUCACCUUUCACGUUUUUUCUUUGUUAUUGUUUACGUUCUGUACAGCACCGAAUUUUCAGUUGCAGUAGUUACAUUGUCGUGAAACAAAAAUUGAUCAUGGUGUGUGAAUUAAUCACGAGUGUCCAAAUGAGUAUUUCAACUUGAGCGUUUCUUGAAAUUCCCUUUUUAAAACUUGUAAGCAAUCUCUGUAGAGUGAACUCGAUCUGAAAUUGGAUAUAUCAAGGGAAGGACUGUGAGGCAUGUGAAUGACAAAAGCCUCGGGCAGGACAACAAACUCGUAGCCAGCAUGAUGCAGUUCCGUUAUGUGAGAGACUUUAUUCCAUCCGAACCCCACGAACCUGGUAUCGUACCGUGCAAACGGCCACUGUAAUACGACAUACGGCUCGAAAUCAGGUGCCCAGUUUACCCUGUAGGGACGCGAUGCAGUUUUCCAGUGUUGAUAGUUUGUCGGCGCGUG